ACUGAAUGUAAGAUCUCUGUGGUUUUCUGUCACUACUUCAUGAUGACCAACUUCAUGUGGCUGCUGGUGGAGGCUCUUUACCUAAACUGUCUGCUUCUCUCAUCCCUUUCUCAUGGAAGAAGAUAUUUUUGGUGGCUUGUCCUCUUUGGCUGGGGUUUUCCUACACUUUUCACUCUUAUAUGGAUUUUGGCAAAAUUCUACUUCGAAGACACGGCAUGCUGGGAUAUUAAUGAAGGCUCUCCUUACUGGUGGCUAAUCAAAGGACCUAUUAUAAUUUCUGUGGGGGUCAAUUUUGUCCUAUUUGUCAACAUCAUCAGAAUUUUGCUGAAAAAACUAGACCCUAGACAAAUCAACUUCAAUAACUCUUCUCAGUACAGACGUCUCUCAAGGGCAACUCUACUCCUAAUUCCAUUAUUUGGAACCCAUUAUAUUGUCUUCAACUUCCUCCCAGAAUACACCAGCCUGGGGGUCCGGCUUUAUUUGGAGCUCUGCAUUGGAUCUUUCCAGGGCUUUAUUGUAGCAGUUCUCUACUGUUUCCUGAACCAAGAGGUGCAAACAGAAAUCGGCCGGAGGUGGCACGGUAAGAGAUGUGGACUGGUGCCAGUGUGGAGGAGGACGAGAUGGACUGUGCCAUCCAGUUCUGGAGUAAAAAUGACCACAUCUGUGUGCUGA